AUGUAUACAAAUCAUUGUUUACGAGCAACAGCGAUAACAUUACUAGAUCAAGAUGGCUUUGAAGCUAGGGACAUAAUGGCAGUAUCUGAACAUAGAUCAGAGAACAGUAUAAGAAGCUAUUCGAGAACAGAUGAAGGAAAGAAAAGAAAAAUGUCAAGUUGUAUCAGUGAUGCUAUUUCAAAAUCUGUGGGAAAUGUUGAAGCACCAACAACAAAGGUUUCCAAAGAUGACCAUGCAGACCUCCAUCUAGCAGUCCCGCGUUUGGAUAACGCUGAACAGAACAAUAUCAAUCCAGGUAUGUUUGAAGAGAAUUACAAAAAUUAUGUAGGAUUAUUGUUUGAUGAGAUCCGGAUUAAAGAGGACCUUAUUUAUGACAAGCACACAGGAGAAUUAAUUGGAUACUGUGAUUUAGACUCGAUAAGCAACCAAAUCAUGAACUUACAGAAAGCUGUAAAUGACAGCAAACCAACACAAGUGGCAAAGUUCAUGCUAGUGAUAAUGGUCCGAGGUCGCAACAAACGAAAUCCAGAUUUGGACCCAUAUACAGUGGUGAAUGACAACCGUUUGGAGUGGCUGACAACAACUUUUCUUGGAUACUUUGAGGAGUGGCGACAAAAUAUUGAAAAUAGAAACAUUGCUGCAACCGCUACACAAAAGGCAGCCAUGACAUUGAGUAGACAAACAUUAGAUGGACUGAAAAUCAGUGUAAAAUCCAUUACUGAAUGUGUUAAAUUUAUGCUUGGGUCUGGUGCUGACUUUAUACUAGCUCAUCACUUUAACCAAGAUCCUCUGGAACAACACUUUGGACAUUAUAGACACAAAUCAGGAGCCAACAAUAAUCCGACAGUUUAUGACGUAAGAAAUAUGAUGACAACGCUCCGUGCCGUUAGUUCCCAGGCUCUCCAACCAAAGAGAGAAACAGAACAUAAGCCUCUUUUUGUAAUUGGAAUUUUAACCUCUGAUUACACUGCUGACCGGAGGGCGGCACAAAGGAAGACAUGGAUUUCGACAAUGGUCCAAUAUGCAGACAAGCUUCCUUUCCGUAUUGCUUACAAGUUUGUUUUUGAUCGUCCGUCUAAUGCCUCAAUUCAUGAAAAUUAUUUAUAUAACGAUAUUGUGUAUCUGAACGUGACUCACCAUGGAUGGGCUGUUAAAUUCGGUGAGAAACUGUUCAAAUGGUUGAAAUAUCUUCAUACAAACUUCCCAGAUGCUUUAAUAGCAGCAAAGAUGGAUGAUGAUGUGUUUUUAUGCAUUCCGCAACUGACAGCGAGGUUAUACGAACUCUUAUCACCAACAUUAUACUAUGGUUGGAGACGAACAACGUCGAAUGCACCUGAAAUUGAUGAAAUGUUUGUAGUUCUUGGAAUGGACUUAAUAAAAAGAAUUGUGGAAAGGAAAUAUUGCGGUGAAUCGGAAUGCAACAGUCAUAACGAUUUAGUUGACCACAACUUUGCCCACGUAGCGCUGUAUAAUUGGCUUUCCAUAUACAAUGACGUUGACACACAUGCUGAUGAUAAAAGAAUUGUAAUGGUAUGGAGACGUAAAGAUCGAGAACACGUUUUUGCAAAAUAUAUUAAUAAAGAUUCUUGUGUAGAUAAUGUGCUCCUUCACAAAGCUCUCCCGUUAGAAAUGUACAAAUUGCAAGAGCAAACCAGUCCAGUAAAAUUCCAACAGAAUAUAGGUCCAACGAGUUACAUUGAAACAAAAGACUCGCAUAAGACAAGAGUCUAUGAUUUUAAUGGUACGAUAGCUGGUGCUGUUACUGGUUCCCUCUUUUCUGGCAAUGUGAUCAGAAGUUUACCAGUAGUUCCUCUGAAAAACUAUUGGUCCAUGGCACCUAACCCGAAAGAGAAACCAUGUGAUAACUGGGCAGUAGUCACAACGAUAUAUCCUCCAUCAAAAGCUGUACAAUUUAUAGAUAAACUACGUAAUUGGUGUCUCCUAGUUGUUGCUGAUAUUAAAACACCAACAAAAAACAUUUAUCUUAAACAUUUGUCAAAUCAGAACACAAAAUAUUUAACAAUAGUCGAGCAGAAACAACGUUACCCAAUGUUAGCCGAUGCAAUUCCAUUUAAUCACUUUAGUAGAAAGAAUAUUGGUUAUAUCUAUGCCAUUCAGCACAAAGCAAAAAUUAUAUGGGAUUUUGAUGACGAUAACAUUGGAAUAGUAGACACAAUAAAGUUUAAUUCCAUCAGCACUGCCACCGAUUAUGCUGAGGUAUGCACUAAAUAUGUGACUAAGAUUGUUAAUCCAUAUCCAUAUUUUGGAGUAAACGAGACAUAUUCGUGGCCUAGAGGAUUUCCAUUGCAAUUUAUUAAAGACUACAGAACAAUACCAAAAGAAUGUAAUGUAGAAAAACAACAACAAGUUGGAAUAAUGCAAGCACUUGCAAACGAACAGCCAGAUGUCGAUGCUAUUUAUAGACUUACAAGGAAAGUUCCUUUUAAUUUCAGUAUUACAAACAACAAUGAAAGGGCACUGUUAAUUCCAAGACACUCGUAUACACCAUUUAAUGCACAGGCUACGUUGUGGUUCUCAUCAUCAUUUCAUCUGAUGCCUCUUCCAGUAAGCGUAAAUGGACGUGUUAGUGAUAUUUGGAGAAGCUACAUUGCGCAGUUUUUCCUUCAUAAGACAAAUAUUUAUCUAGCCUUUUUACCUCCUUGUGUUUUCCAGGAACGAAAUCCACAUAACAUACUCAAAGAUUUUAAUGCUGAGAUGGAUUUAUACGAAAAAAGCAAUCAGCUGAUUGAGUUUCUUAGCAGUUCUGAGGCUAAGAAUUUAAAUACGAUCAGAGAAGUGUAUGAACAGUUAUAUGUCAGAAAAUAUAUAGAUAUAGGUGACCUGCUCUUUAUACAAGCUUGGGAAAAGACUCUGUCAUCUGUCCAAGAUUUAAAAAAAUUAUAAAUACCAUACGGUGAAUGCAUGUGUCAUGUUUAUUAGUAUAAAUUUUUAAUGCUAGUUUA